GGGACUUUGCGGGCGCGGCUGUACUAGUGGGGGAAUCCGCCGAACUUAAAUAGGCUUCCAUACCCUAGCUUCCUCCCCGAUAAAAGGCUGCCAGAAACCACCCAUCACGCUCUCCCCUUUAGUUCCCCAUUGUACUUGAUCAUCUUGCUUAUCCAACAAUGUCCGUUCCAGCUACCUUCAAGCUGAACACGGGAGCUGAGAUCCCUUCCAUUGGGCUAGGAACCUGGCAAUCCGCUCCCGGUGAAGUUCAGGCAGCAGUGUCCCACGCACUUCUAAAGGGUGGCUACAAACACAUUGAUGCAGCAUACUGUUACGGAAACGAGGAUGAAGUCGGAGCUGGUCUUGCUGAAGCUUUCAGGGGUGGCGUAAAGAGGGAGGAUAUUUUUGUCACCACAAAACUAUGGUCGACCUAUCACUCCCGGGUGGAAUUGGGUCUUGACAAGAGCUUGAAGAGUCUCGGUCUAGACUACGUUGACUUGUUCCUCAUGCACUGGCCCCUGCCAGAUGGAUCAAGGGAUCUACAAACUGAUUGGACCUACAUUAAGACAUACAAGGAAAUGGAAAAGUUGUUGUCUACCGGAAAAGUCAAGGCAAUUGGAGUUUCAAACUUCUCAGUUCCGUUCCUGAAAAGUCUUCUCUUACAAAACACUGUUGUCCCUGCAGUUAACCAGAUCGAGAACCACCCAUUCCUCCCACAGCACGACGUUGUCGACUUCUGCAAAGAAAAUGGAACUAUCAUUACUGCAUACUCUCCUCUUGGCUCCGCAGGUGGACCUCUACUCAAAGAGGAAUCUAUUAUUAAGAUUGCCGAGAAGCACAAUGUUGCUGUUAGCACGGUUCUAUUGAACUAUCAUAUCAACCGUGGGAAUGUAGUUUUGGCGAAGUCGGUCACUCCCAGCAGAAUCGAGGAGAACAACGUGCUCUUGAAGCUUGACGACGAGGAUAUGGAAGCUUUGAACAAUAUCCACAAGGAGAAAGGAACAAAGAGAUUUGUGAUGCCUCCAUGGCCGGUCAACUUUGGCUUUCCAGAUUGGAAGCAGGACGUUUGAAGGGUAACUUGGGCUGUUAGGUUGUGCAUGUCUUUUGGGGUAAUUAUUGCUGUAUUCGUUAUUAAUCAGUACUGUACUUGCCUUUCUAAGGGCAGUGCCAAAAACUCUCAAUAUAAACAAACUUUUUCAAGUUC